GUUGAUAAACGAUAUGAUGAAACUGUUCUUACUUUCCUGUGCCUUAUCUGUGGUUGGCAUCAAGGGGUAUGGUUACGAAGAUCAUGGCACAGUGGCAGUACACAGGCCAGUGACAGUGCCUCACCAUCAUGGAAAAUCUAUCAUUCAUCAUCACAGCACACAAUUAUGGCAUAGUGGACCUUACCUUCGGAGGCAGCGACUACCACUUCUCCUGGCGCCAUGACGGAGGCAAAAAGUACCCGUGGGACAUCGCUAACCGGUACUGUGCUAACCUCGGCUACGGGUGGCAGGGCGUCAGCAUCGAGAGCUAUCAGGAGGAUAGAUAUAUUGCUCACGUCCUUGCAAAAGACUACAUCAAAUACAUCUGGACGGGAGGUUAUAGAACAGGAUACAACUGGGCUUGGCCGUCGGGUGCCAAGUUCUACGGCCUCAAUUGGUCCUACACGGGAAGUGGUGGCUACCAACAACCUGACAACUACGAGAAUGGGCAAGAGUUCUGCCUAGCUGUUCUCAACAACUUUUACAACGAUGGCAUUAAGUGGCAUGACGUUGCCUGCCACCAUGAGAAGCCUAUUGUUUGUGAACGACGCAAACAAUACUAUGGUUGAUUUGUGGUCUGUGUUGAUAUGUCCGUUAUAAUGGGUUAAGGUGUCUGUUUUCCUUGUUUUAAUUAUUUUCUCUUCUCGUUAUUUCCUCUUCGACUCUUCGACUUCUCUUUCUAUUAUUAUUUAU